CUGUCAAGAUCUUCUAGCGGCGAGGAAUCAUGUCGAGAGAGCAAUUCCCUUCGAAGAAUACGCUGACCAGCCGAGAACGUUCCUCGUUCUGACCUCAGAUAGGGUAGAGAAUUAGGUAUUGUGAUGUCGGCGGUGGUGGUGGCGGCAUUGCCGAAUCAGUCCGUAUUCUCGCUGAGAGCGGAGCAAUCAGGCACUCUUGACCUAUCGUUCGAUCGAACCGGAAUCACCCCCCGCUCGAGAAGGGACCUCGUCUUCGUAGUCAACCCUAGAGGUGCAAACGGCCGGACGGGGAGGGAGUGGAAGAAGCUGCUGCCUUAUCUUAGAAGGCGCCUUGGCGAGCAAUGUAACAUUCAUGAAUCAUUUACUUCAGGUCCUUCUGAAGCUAUGGACAUAACCAGAGAGGCAAUAAGAGGAGGAGCAGAUGCUGUCAUAGCUGUUGGAGGAGAUGGUACUCUUCAUGAGGUUGUCAACGGUUUCUUUUGGGCAGGAAAACCAAUAUGUGCUCUAGAAAGAGGGUCCAUACAUGCAACUACACUUGGACUUAUUCCACUGGGAACUGGUUCAGAUUUUGCCAGAACAUAUGGGUGGAAAAAUGAUCCUCAUCAGGCAAUAGAUCGAAUUGCUAAAGGAUUUAGAUCGAAAAUAGACAUUGGUCUCAUGACCUUAUCAGGAGGGGAACAGCAUUACUUCAUUAAUGUUGCUGAUAUACAUCUGAGUGCAAAAGCAGGCUACUAUGCUUCCAAGUACAAAAGUUUUGGAAACUUCUGUUAUGUCUUGGGAGCCUUGAGAGCUUUUAUUGGACACCAUAAUCAAGACCUUAAGAUUAAGGUUAAUGGACAAGAUUGGGAGGUAUAUGAUAAAGUCACGGCCCUUUGCAUUGGGAAUGCUAAGUUCUUUGGUGGUGGCAUGAAGAUUGUACCUACUGCUGAUCCUUGCAGUGGAGACCUGGAGGUGGUGAUUCUUCAAGACUUCAAAUGGUAUGAUUUUGUUUUCAAAUUAUACAAGCUGUACAAUGGAUCACAUCUAUCAGAAAAAAGUGUGUAUUCAACUAGUGUGAAGUCUAUUGAAGUUGCCAUGGUAGAAGGCAAUGGUGACAUUUAUGUGCAGUCUGAUGGUGAACAUCUGGGCUUUCUUCCAGUUAAGUGUUCGAUUUUGCCUUCUGUCAUUGAUUUUUUCGUCUAAAUCUAUAUCAAUAUCUAUGACCUACCUCCUUAAGCAUUCCAGGUUAUUUGUUAGCUAUUAUUAGCGUCUAAUGAAAUUUUGUAAUUGUUUUUUACCUGUUGUUUGUAAUGCUCUUUCUAAAUGGUUCCAUGAGUUUAUUUAUUUCUAUUAGCUAAUGAAAUAUUGUAACUCAUUUCUCAUUAACCAUUCGAAAACAAGCAAUAAAUUUUGUGGUGAAUUUUUAUUUA